AUUUGUGCUGACGCUGUUUCUGAGGCAAUCUCCUUCGAUUCUGGUGAAAACGUGCUAAGCUUUCGUCCGUCAUCCGGUGACGCUAUUUCCGAGAUAAUCUCCUUCGAUUCAGGUGAAAAGGUGCUAAGCUUUCGUCCAUCAUAUGGCGAAAAUCAUCAGAGCAAGGCGGUUCCACCAGAAGACGACGGCGGAUUCCUCUUGACCAGCUGUCGAUUGGCUUUACUGGAAGAUUCAUGUGGGUGA